AUGACAUUGAUGAAUAGGUCGCCCUACGUCUCUCUCUUGUCCAAAUCCAUUGCCUUCGUCCCUUGCUGUCGUCCGGCCGAUGCUGCCCUUUUUCUCGCAACCCAUUCUUACUCCGCCGCCUCCGGUGCUCCACAGAGCAGCCUUAUGGCUGAAUACCUGGUCAGCUCCUGUGGCUUCGAUCCUGAUCAGGCGGCCAAAGCCUCGAAGCUCUUUGGCCGCGUCGAAUCCCGCCACCAGCCUGACUCCGUCCUUGGCUUAUUUAAAAGCUACGGUUUUGACAACACCCAGGUGAGAAAGGUCAUAUCUGCAAACCCCCGGUGGCUUCUCCUCGACGUGGAGAAGACCCUGGCCCCAAAGUUCCGAGCUUUGCAGGAUCUGGGCUUCUCCUGCUCCGACAUCACCCAUCUCGUCAGGUCGAAUAACGGCGUCAUCAGCCACAAAUCCCAGACCCUGUUGUCCAAGAUCCAAUUAUGGCAAGGCCUACUCGGGUCCAAUGACUCUUUGGUGAAGUUGUGCAAGGAUAACAGGUGGUUUCUCGGGUAUAGCAUCGAGAAGAGGAUCCAGCCUAACAUUGAGAUUCUAAGAGAUUGCGGGAUCACGGAUCAGAAGCUCUCAAUGAUCCUACGGCACCUCCCCCUCCUCAUAAUCCGGAAUGCUGAAACCCUGAAGGCGUUAAUCAGUCGUGUCGAGGGUUUGGGAGUAGCUCGCACCUCAGGGAUGUUCCCCCUGACCCUGAUUGUGCUCCAGAGGGUCUCCGAGAAGAACUUCAAGGCUCACUUGGAGUUCUUCAAGGGCUUUGGGUGGUCCGAGGAUGAUUUCCUUGCUGCAUUCAGAAAGGCUCCUACGCUUGUGGGAGUUUCUUUAAAGAGUUUGCAGAGGAAGAUGGAGUUCUUGGUAAAUGCAGCAGGAUGUUCUCCAUCUUAUCUUGCACUUCGGCCAGUUUUCUUGUUGAUGAGUUUGGAGAAAAGGUUGAUGCCAAGGCAUCGGAUUGUGACAGGCCUGAAGUCUAGGGGAGUUUGCAUCAGUAACCUUAGUAUAUUUACAUACAUGAAAUAUCCAGAGAAGAAAUUUCUGGAGAAGUUCGUCAACUGCUACAAGGAGUAUCCAGAACUCAUUGAGUUGUAUAAUGUAGCCCCCAAAAACAGAAAUGCACUUUGA